GACACAUACAUAGAAUAAAAUGUAAACAAAUAAUCAAAAAUGUAUUAUGAAAAUAAAACCACUAUUAAUUAAAAGUUAAAUGAUAUAAUUUCAGGAACAUUUAAAUUUGCUACAAACCAGUUUUUCCAAAUAAUUUAUUUUUUGUCAUGUGGUAAACCUAAUAUACAAGUACAUCGAAUAAACAAGCACAGAUUUAAAUUUCCAGAAGGGUUGGCAUGUGGUGCCAAAGAGUCUGAAAUCCAAUUACCAUGGAAAUUCUAAGAUUUUUAAAGUCAUAAAUAAAUAUUUAUAAGAUAUGAGUAAUAAAUAUAGGAUAAAAUGUAGAGAUACUCAUUAAAGGCUUGAAAAGCUUAUUAAUAUGGAGGAAGAAAAUGAUUUAUUAAAUAAGAGUGAUCUUAAUUCAGAAAUACAUAAUCAAGAGCCUGCACAACAUGAAAAUGAAUUAGUGGCAUGUAGCAGUAGCACAAUUAAUUCAUUUAUAGUAACAACUAGAGGUGUUGAUAUAAACCCUGCAUUAAAUACUAAAGGAGCUGAAGGUCUAAACUUUGAUGUCUCAAAAACAGUGUCAGAUAUUACAACUCAAGAUGUUGAAAGUAUUUGUCCACAAGGUACAAAGAAAAAAAUCCGAUCCAAAAAGUCUCCUAAUAAAGAGUACUUCCAUAUAUGGAAUACAUACAGUUCUCCAUCUCCAGAUGAAGAAAACAAAAGUUUAGAAGGAAUGUUAAAACUAGAAAGUCUCAAGCCAAUGUUGCCUCCUAGAUCACAAUUUCAUCGUCCAUUAGAAAGAUCACACGCAUUAGGUGUGAGUUUAAAUUGCUCCUCAACAGCAAUGAAGAAUAAACCAAUAACAUUCAAUGUGGAAGAUACCUUUAAUUUUGAUAUUAUUGAUACUGAUGACAAUUUUAAGAUACUAACAAAUGUAGAUGUCCCUAUAAAUGGUUGUUGUGAUAAUUAUAAAUUUAAUGUUGUCAUUAAAAAUGUUGAAUCUAGUCCUGAUAAUGCUUGUAAGUCAAUAGAUCACAAAUAUAGUGAAUGUAGUACUUCUAAGGAUACCAAUAUUAGUAUGAAUGAAACUGGAAAUGGUAUAUUAAAUAAUAAAAUGCAUAAAACUUUAACAAGGUUAGGAUCUCUUUGCAAGCCUGAUACUACUCAUGAUGUGGCUGUUGAAUACUCAAAUACUCCUGUUCAUCAAAUAAAACCAAAAAGAGAUGUUGUUAGGCCACAUCCAAAAGCUUUAACAAGGGUAGCUGAACAGUCAGGUAGGUUGCCAGUUUGUCCUCCUACUCCAACCCACCACUCUAAAAAAAAUCGGGGAACCACAGUAUGUGAUUUGCAACCACCAAAUUUAAAGGUUUCUGAGAUGCCUGUUUUGAAUAUAAAAGACGUUUCUGUUAGUGAUAAUAUUUAUAAUAGCUGUGAACCACCAAAAAUUGGCUUUAUUGCCAUGUCAGAGCUUACAAAUGCAUCUAUUCAACGACCCACUGUAAGAGCAAGAAUGACUGUGUCAUCUGAAGAUAAUCAAGUUGAUGAGAGAGUUCCUCUACCCUUGCAGAGAUUGAAUACUUCAAGAUUGCCGAGUUUACCAGAAAGAAAUCAGAGAUCUUGGGUGCCUACUGAUGUCACUGUAGAACAUGAAGAUCCCCUUCCACCUUCAUGGGAAGCAAGAAUGGAUAGCCAUGGGAGGGUAUUUUACAUUGACCAUGCAACAAGGACAACAUCUUGGACCCGUCCGGGUGCAAACAAUUGCAAUCCGUCGAACAUUGUGGGCGCUGAACAACAUCGAAGGCAAUUGGACCGGCGAUAUCAGAGCAUAAGGCGUACCAUAAGCUCGACAAGGCUUGAAAACGGAGAUUUGGUUAAUUUUCCGCCUGGCUAUCGAUUUUUAAAUCGGCCCGAUUUUUUUACAAUUCUUCAUAUGAACCCGGAAGCUACAUCAUUAUAUAACAGACAUCCUUCGCUCAAAUAUAUGAUUAACCGAAUUAGGCGAGAUUCAACUUAUUUUGACAAGUAUCAACACAAUAAGGAGUUAGUUUCGUUAAUAAAUUUAUUUGCAGAGCCAAAUCGAGAUCUUCCAGAGGGUUGGGACAUCAAAAGGGAUUCCAGCUCAAAACAUUUCUUUAUUGACCAUACAAACAAAAAAACUACCUAUUUGGAUCCAAGAUUGCCUUUAGAUUGUUUUACAAUUGAUAGAAGAUUUUCUGAAGAUUUAGAGGCUCCAUUUCUUCCUCCUCGUCCAAUAACAACAACAGCAAAUGCCACUACUAACAUUCCAGAAGUUCCAGUGGCGUACAACGAUAAAGUUGUAGCAUUUAUAAGGCAGCCAAAUAUUUUUGACAUUUUAAAAGAAAGACACCCGCCUGUGGGAAGUUCUUCUUCGCUAAGAGAUAAAAUCAAUGCUGUAAGAGUGGACGGAACUAUCGCAUUGGACAGAUUAAGUCAUGAUGUUAAUCUUACGAUUUUGCUUAGCCUGUUUGAACAGGAAAUUAUGUCAUAUGUUCCGACCGUAGAAACAAUAUCGACCCGAAGCCCUAGAGCUUCGCCCCAACCUUCACCUAUCGCUUCACCUGGACUAGGUAGGCACAGGGUGCCUGCACCACACAAAAGAGAUUUUGAGGCAAAGCUGCGCAACUUUUAUCGAAAGUUGGAAACUAAGGGAUAUGGUCAGGGACCAGGGAAAUUUAAGUUACCUAUUCGACGAGAUCACCUAUUAGAAGAUGCAUUCAGAAAAAUAAUGUCAGCAAAUAAAAAAGAGCUUCAAAAAGGAAAAUUAUGUAUUGUUUGGGAUAAAGAGGAAGGAUUAGACUACGGAGGUCCCUCGAGGGAAUUUUUUUUUCUUCUUUCUCGAGAACUAUUUAAUCCUUAUUAUGGCCUUUUCGAAUAUUCUGCCAACGAUACUUAUACCGUACAAAUCUCACCUAUGUCAGCUUUUGUAGAUAACUAUCAUGACUGGUUUAGAUUUAGCGGAAGAGUUAUUGGCUUAGCAUUGGUUCAUCAAUACCUCCUAGAUGCAUUUUUCACUCGUCCAUUUUAUAAGGCUUUACUUCGAAUACCCGUAGCCUUGUCUGAUUUAGAAAGUCUUGAUUUCGAAUUUCAUCAGUCUUUACAAUGGAUUAAAGAUCAUGAUAUAUCACUACAGGGUGAACUUGAAUUGACAUUUGCAGUAACUGAAGAGGUGUUUGGUCAGGUUAUGGAGAGGGAGUUAAAACCUGGAGGAAGAAAUGUAGCAGUUACAGAAAAAAAUAAAAAGGAAUAUCUAGAGCGAAUAGUUAGAUGGAGAUUAGAACGGGGAGUUGCAGAUCAGAUUGAAUCUUUGGUUCGUGGUUUCUACGAAGUUGUAGAUCCCAGAUUAGUAGGAGUAUUCGAUGCAAGAGAAUUAGAGCUGGUUAUUGCGGGAACUGCUGAAAUUGAUUUGUUAGAUUGGAGGAACAAUACUGAAUAUAGAGGAGGAUAUCAUGACCAGUAUCCCGUUGUAUCUUGGUUUUGGCAAGCAAUUGAAAGGUUUACAAACGAACAACGACUUCGUCUACUGCAAUUCGUCACUGGAACAUCGAGUAUUCCAUUCGAAGGAUUCUCAGCUUUACGAGGCUCGAUAGGCUCUAGAAAAUUCUGUAUAGAAAAAUGGGGUAAACCCAACAGUUUACCUAGAGCGCAUACAUGUUUUAACAGAUUAGAUUUACCACCGUACCCCACUUUUGAAGUUUUAUAUGAAAAAUUAUUAUUAGCAGUAGAAGAAACUAACACAUUUGGAAUUGAAUAGACCGGAAAUUAAAGUUUUUUUUUUUAAUUUGUUGUGCAGUUUAACAGCUUUCUUACGACAAGCAUUUAUUUUAAGUUUUUUUAAGGAAAAUUUUAUAUUCGGAGUAUAUCUAAAGUCUAAAUAAAACAUGUUUUUAGUAACAAAAUACACAUAUAGAAUAGUAGAGGUUACAAAAAUUAUAAAAUAAAAAUAAUAUUGUA